CAACCUGAUUCGCCGCUGUCACUGUCUCGUCCGUCCCCGACAACGUCCUGGGAUCCAUGCGAUCGCGUCCGAUCCCCACUACCGAAGCCGUCGGUGACCGCACGCACCGAGGUCCUCCCACACGUGCAAGCCCAUGUGAACUCCCCGCCGGGUGCUCGCCGAAUCCCCCUCCACCGACCCGACGCGACCGACGCCCCACUAGCCUUCGUCCCACUUUCCGCAGCGCAUCACCCCGCCUCCGAUCUCGACCGUUUGCGGCUCAUCCGACGGUUGCUGCGGCUCACGUACGUGUCAGGCCCACGUUCUGCUAACGUGCUCCGCGGUCGUGACCCUGACCUGCCCGCCUUUCCCCUUGGCUAUUUAAGCUGGAAGAGCAGUUCGCCGCCUUCCAAGCUCGAGUCCUCCGUUCCGUUCCAGAUAAAUCCGGUUCGGUUCUUUUUCUCCGUGGGGCUCGACCGCUUCCAUCACGCUCUCGGAAGGAUGGCGUUCGUCGACGCCGACAAGCUCAGUUACGAGAUCUUCUCCGUCCUCGAGAGCAAGUUCCUCUUCGGCCUCGACGACCCCAACAAGCUCUUCUUCCCCACUUCCUCCUACUCCUCAGCUGGCGCCUCCCCCCGGACCGCCGCAGGUGCCCGAGGAAGGAUCCGGAUCCUGUCCAUCGACGGCGGCGGCAGCCCCUCCGAUGCCCUCCUCGCCGCGGUUGCCCUCGCCCGGCUCGAGUCCUCCCUCCGUCACCGUUCCGGCGACCCAUCCGCCCGCGUUGCCUACAUGUUCGACGUCGCGGCCGGCUCCGGCGCCGGCGGCGUCCUCGUCGCGAUGCUCUUUACCAGGGACCACGACGGUCGGCCCUUGUUCUCCGCAACCGACGCCCUGCACCUCCUCCUCUCCGAGAGCCGCCGCCGCGGGCGCGGCUUCUCCUCCGGGAGGGGCCUAUUCCGUGGGAUGUUCCGUCGACCCGGGAGUUUCUUCCGUCGGAUCUUCGGCGACGCGACGCUGAGGGACACCGUCAAGCCGGUGCUCAUCCCGUGCUACGACCUCGCCGCGGGGGCGCCGUUCCUCUUCUCGCGGGCUGACGCGGUAGAGGCAGACGGGUACGACUUCCGGAUGUGGGAAGUGUGCGCGGCCACGUGCGCCGACGCAUCCACCGCGGCGGUCGAUCUGCGGUCGGUGGACGGGCGGACGCGCGUCACCGCGGUGGGCGGCGGGGUGGCGAUGGCCAACCCUGUGGCCGCGGCCAUCACGCACGUCCUCCACAACAAGCCGGAGUUCCCGUUCGCGGCCGGGGUGGAAGACCUCAUGGUGGUGUCUCUCGGCGCUUCCGCCCCCGCGCCAGCCGCACCGGGUGCCGCUGAGCUCGUCAGGAUCGCUGGCGAGGGCUUCGCCGACAGGAUUAACUCAUCAAAAGCCGUGGCUUUUGUGAUCAUCGUCGGGUGGAUCAAGCGGUGGCGACGACAUUCGGACACCGUAGAGCAAGCAAUUACCUGCGCAUACAGGACACCGCAUUCAUGUCGGGAAAUUGCACGCCAAAGACGACGAGCUCGAAGAGCUCGGUGGAGGCAACAGAACGCGUUCUGUCACAGUGACACGUGGAGUCGCUGCUCUUUAGAGGGUGAGGAAAGAUCUCGGAGCGGACCAACGGCGACGAGCUCGACCGAUUCGCGGAGGAGCUCGUAAAGGAGGAGGAGUGGAGGAAGAAGGGCCCGAUCCCGACGGUGGUGCUAAAGCAAGUGAUGACGCCGCGAACGUCGUCGACGACGACCGCGACUACGGUCACCGUUACCAUGACUAUUUCUACGAGCACGACAUCAACAUGAUGGAGACGGUGGAGUCGAGAUAGCUGCUUGUGCAUAGACUGUUGUGGGUUCUAAAAUGUGUGUUUUCCUUAGUGGAGGGUAUGACAUGAGAAAUCAAUUCAAGCUUGAAAAUUGUUGGCUAAAUUAUUAACGCGGUAGAAAUGUGAAUUUGGAUCUCUCAUAUUAAUUGUGUUUGGAAUUCAAGAUGGACACUAUUUUACCUUCGAACUUAUGAUUCCCAAUUAUAUGUGAUCAUCUAAAUGAUUUUUGGAACAUAAUGGCUUUCUUUGGAAAAAAUCAACAUAUGAUAGCAUUAAGAAGCAAUCUAAAACCCAAGUAUAAUCGAGCGUUGGAGUCAAAAUAGCAUUCGUUUGACCAAUGUGAUGUAGUUGCAUUAUUGAAGGGUUUAACCUCUGAACUACAAUGAGGCUGACUUCUCACUCGAGUUGAUGAUGAACACAUCACUGAGAGUGAAGUGACAAGACUGGUGCAACUCUAGGUUUGGCAAGACGAGCCACGGCCCACUGCAUGAGCGCCAAGGAGUUGCUGGCAUCUGGAAAGUAGUAGUAACCUUAUGCUAAAAUAAAGAUUCAGUCAGACAAUGCUAUUACUGUGGGUUAACCUCUUAAAAGAGGUGAAGACAGUGCUAUUACUCCCAUUGUUAACACAGCUCAUGAUAUGCAAUAAAGAAUGAUGCACAUAUAACAAUGGGAGUUU